UAUAUAAAGCCCAACGCGGAACAUUUGAAUCCAAGAGGUUACCGUUAGUUAAGAGUUCAAGAGUCAUCCAGAGUUGGAGAGUAGAGUUAGAGUAGAGAGUCAGAUUCCCCUCUCCGAGAGCGAACCGCAGCGCAUGUACGAACCGGGUACGAAUCGGGUACCAGAAUCUGGUUGCGCCAACCUCGAACCUAGUUAAACCUAGUUGGAUCAAACAUUAUCAAACAGGCGACAGGUGAACUCAGUCAAUUCCAGGCACUUCAGCCCUAAGAACGUUUCAAGAAAAAAAUCAACCAGAAUCCGAAUCCGAAUCAGAAUCAGAAUCAGGUGAACCUGAAAACCAAGUCGUGAAAAUCUGCAAUCUGCCGUGAAAAAAAGCCGGAUAACACCCAUACAAACACAGCACACGCACAGCAGCCGCUGCCGCAGGGUUCAAAAAACUAAACGGAAGAAUAAUUAAUCGCUGCCCGUGAUUUGUUUACGUUUUUUUCUUCAUUUUUUUUGUAUUGUGUUAGUGAGAAAAAGCCGAAAAAGCCAAAAAAGCCGAAAAACCUAAAACCGAAAACCCAAAAACCGAAAACAGAAAACCGAAGGGUGUGACAGACGUAAAGGUAGAAGAAGAGAGUGAUACAGAAAAAAGAAAAAAAAAAACGCAAACGGGCACAGGAUAACAUCUGGAAAAGCUAACUAAUACUACAAACAGGCGCAGAGGAUCACCCUGAAAUCACCGGUAAUUAAGUGACACCCCAACCAGCCAACCAGCCAGCCAGAGAGAGAGAGAAAAAAGUGCAAAAACAGCCACACAACAACAACAACAGGAGCGAAGGAGCAGAGAGAGAGAGAGAGAGAGCAAAGAAACCCGCGGACACUUUGAUACUUUUCUUCCUCCCGAAAGUAGCCGGACAAUGGCUCCCAUCAGCACCAUGAACGGCCAGGGCCAGGGCUGCGAGCUGGGCCACAGCAACGGGGACAUCAUCUCACAGAACCAACAGAAGGGAUGGUGGACCAUCGGCCUGAUCAACGGCCAGCACAAGUACAUGACCGCGGAGACCUUCGGGUUCAAGCUGAACGCCAACGGCGCCAGUCUGAAGAAGAAGCAGCUCUGGACCCUGGAACCCUCGAACACCGGCGAAAGUAUUAUCUACUUACGAUCUCAUCUGAACAAGUACCUUUCGGUCGAUCAGUUUGGCAACGUGCUGUGCGAGAGCGAGGAGCGGGACGCGGGCAGCCGGUUCCAGAUUUCGAUCAGCGAGGAUGGGAGUGGACGCUGGGCGCUGAAGAACGAGUCGCGUGGGUACUUCCUCGGCGGCAAACCGGACAAACUUGUCUGCACGGCGAAGACCCCCGGGGCGAGUGAGUUCUGGACGGUCCAUUUGGCUGCCCGGCCUCAGGUGAACCUCCGCUCGAUUGGCAGGAAGCGGUUCGCCCAUCUCUCCGAGUCGCAAGACGAGAUCCAUGUGGAUGCCAACAUUCCCUGGGGCGAGGACACCCUCUUCACUCUGGAGUUCCGUGCCGAGGAGGGCGGCCGCUAUGCCCUGCACACGUGCAACAACAAAUAUCUGAAUGCCAAUGGAAAGCUGCAGGUGGUGUGCAACGAGGACUGCCUGUUCAGUGCCGAGUACCAUGGCGGACAUCUGGCGCUCCGGGAUCGCCAGGGACAGUACUUGUCGCCCAUCGGGUCCAAGGCGGUCCUUAAGUCGCGCUCCUCGACGGUGACGCGGGACGAGCUGUUCUCCCUGGAGGACUCCCUGCCGCAGGCCUCCUUCAUCGCCGGCCUCAACUUGCGCUACGUGAGCGUGAAGCAGGGCGUCGAUGUUACGGCCAAUCAGGACGAGGUCGGCGAGAACGAGACGUUCCAGCUGGAGUACGACUGGUCGGCGCACCGCUGGGCUCUCCGCACCACCCAGGAUCGCUACUGGUGCCUGUCGGCCGGCGGCGGUAUCCAGGCCACUGGGAAUCGGCGUUGUGCCGAUGCCCUUUUCGAGCUUAUCUGGCACGGGGACGGGUCCCUAUCCUUCCGUGCCAACAACGGCAAAUUCUUGGCCACCAAGCGCUCGGGACAUCUGUUUGCCACCUCGGAGUCCAUUGAGGAGAUAGCCAAGUUCUACUUUUACUUGAUCAAUCGGCCCAUUCUAGUGCUGAAGUGCGAGCAGGGAUUCGUGGGCUAUCGCACGCCCGGCAACCUCAAGCUGGAGUGCAACAAGGCCACCUACGAGACCAUCCUGGUGGAGCGGGCCCAGAAGGGUCUGGUGCACCUGAAGGCGCACAGCGGAAAGUACUGGCGCAUCGAGGGCGAGAGCAUCUCGGUGGAUGCGGAUGCGCCCAGCGAUGGUUUCUUCCUGGAGCUGCGUGAGCCGACCAGGAUCUGUAUAAGAUCACAGCAGGGUAAAUAUCUGGGAGCCACCAAGAAUGGAGCUUUCAAGCUGCUCGAAGACGGCACCGACUCCGCCACCCAGUGGGAGUUCUAGGGCGGGACGACGUCCCCACAGCCCCAUCCGGGUCCAUCAGUAUCAAAGUAUCACAUUUCCCAUCCAAGUGGAGGCGAAAUCUUGCGCCUCAGCUGGAGAAGUCGCACAACAAUUUGAUCCUAAAGCGCACGGAGAGUUCACGGAGACGAGAGAUGAAUGGAAAAUAUUGAAAACUUCAAGAUUAAAGAAAAUCUUAUAUAUUUAUAUAUGAAAAGAUCUACGUAUACAUGGAAUGAGAGAUUUUUUUAAACAACCUAUUUAGCUUUUUAUACGUUUUUAUACGAUGAGAAUCAGCAUCAAACAAUAAGAAAUUUUUUAGCAUAGACAAGUCAAAAUUUGUCGCGAGUCCUUCCGUUUUUAUCGAAAGUAAAAAAGAAUAUCAGCAAAAAAAUGGCAUAAUGGUUACACAAGCACAUCAUAUAUAACACUAUAUACAUAUUCGAUUCGUAAAGCUUAACGAAAGAAAAAUGAAAGAAUUGAAAAGGAAAUGAAUGCAAGAAAAUAAGAAAACAUAAAAACCAACACAUAUUCCUAUAAAUUUAUUUAUAUAUAUUUAUAUAAAAAUAUUGAUAUGAAUGAUAAAACACUGACACGAUCACACUUUAGCCCCCCACAUACGUACACCUACCCCCACACACCCCCUCAAACAAUCCACCAACACACUCACAAGCAAGCAAUUUUAUUACAAAAAAUAUAAAAAAAAUGAAAUUUAGUCCCUAAGCCAACAUUAAACGAUUAAUCUGUAAUAAAAAAAAAAAACAAAAAAUAAGCAAAAAAAUGAAAAAAUCAUGGAACCAUCUCCACACUAUAUCUAUAUAUAUAUAUUUAUCCUAACAUAUGCGUAUAUUGACUUAGUUUUUUGUUAUUUAUUUGCGUCAAUUCUUAAUUAAUUAAUUAGUAACCUUUUUUUUUAAUUUUCGCACUUAAAAUUGAAAACGAAAAACAACUCAACCCAAUUUAGUUGCUAAAUCUUAAAAUUGAAAUUUUGUAUGAUACAUAUGAAAUAUAUACAUAUAUAUACAUGA